AUGUUCUUCAUCGAUUCUCUUCCAGCCAACCUGUCCCGCUCAGCCUUCCUGUCCCCUAAAUACUACGAGGACUUGGACGAUGUGAGCUCUUCGUCCUCCCUGUCCCUGGAGCCCCACCCAGCUGACUUGGAGAUGGAGGAAGAGGAGCUACAGUUGGCACCCCUUCCCCUUUCUGUCCUUCAUCCAGCGUUGUCCACCCACCGCCACCCCACAGUCGUGAGGACCCCCUCUAUCCAGCCGGGCUUCGGGGCCAUCCAGUCCACCCCUUUGACCAAAAUGCACUCAGUGCAGGGUUUGGGCUUUGGACUCAGCCCUAUUGCCAGCCCUGUUCCGAGCAAUAAGAUUAACCUGAGCGGGGCUGAUAGCACUGCUCUCGCCACAAAGACAGUGAAACAUGGAGCCCCCCCGACUGACAGGAGCGUCCCCGCACAGCAGGCUGCAGCCACUGCCGCCCUACGCAGACAGAUGGCCAAUCAGAAGACAGCUGUUGUCGGUGCAUCCUUGACAGAGUCCACUCUGAAGAACGUGCCUCAGGUGGUCAAUGUCCAGGAGCUCAAGGACAAAGGGCCUCCCAUGCCACAGUCCAAUAUCAUCGGGUAAAAACAAAACAUUAUAUACAAUUAUGUUCAGGUAUGUCAGAUUUAGUUUGAGCUAUGCCAAGACAUCUACUUAACCCUGAGUUAACCCUUACAAAAUUACUUUAAGCUAUCC